GUAACGACAUCACAAUGCAAAACAGCGUAUGGCUAUGUCGCAAGCAGAUCUAGCCCGGCGCCAGGAAGUUACGCCGCCUCCAAGCUCAACGCAAAGACCCUUGACGCCUCCGCCGACCGACGAGAAGCCGUUCCAGACAGCUGAACGCGUUAUUGACCUUUGCAAACGCAUACGAGCAGGAAAAGAUACCAACCAAGACCUAGAUGUAUUAUUCAAGCUUGAAAAGCCUGAGUAUGAAUAUCUGAACGAAAAGCUUGAGCAAGACGAUGAACUUUGGGAUUACAUCCAAGACAAGAUACGUUUUUGCUGCAACACGAACACGCGCACAAUAGUCAUUCGCAUGCCACACGAGAUACACGAACGCUUCAUCGACAAGGUCGAGGGUGGGAUACGGACCCAGAUUCAGACAAUCGCCUUGGGGUCUGGAAAGCUGGCAGAAUUUGCGAAGAGGGUAAACUCAUCCCGGUCAGCUGAGAUAAGGUUUGAGGACAGUAAAUCCAAGUACCAUCCAGACGCUUCGUUCAGGCACGAUAUCGUAAAAUAUCCAGGCGUCGUCAUCGAAGUCGCAUUUUCACAGAAGAAGACCCUCUUAAACAAGUUGGCCGAAGACUAUCUUAUGGAAUCAAAUGGCAACAUAAGGGUAGUUAUAUGCUUGAAACUUCCGUAUCCUAAAACGUUGCGUGAAGCAACGUUGUCGGUAUGGCGGCCCAGAAUAUCCGAAACCCGUGAUGGGUAUAUGCUGGAAUCCGUUGAGGAGGUCAAGGAUCAAGUUUUCCGUGACGACCAAGGGAAUCCCGUUGAUGAUUCCGGCUUACAGCUCUAUCUGAGCGACUUCGCUUGCAAGACCUUUGCAAACAAGGAACUAGAAGACGAGGAUGCGCAAAUCUGUAUCUCGGGCAAAACGCUUUAUGAGUAUAUCAAGUAUGCAGAGGACAGUGUACAAGGAGCACAGUAUGUGGAGCUUUUGGAUCCUAUUAUUAGGAAGCGGAAACGGCAGACAACACCCGAGGAGGAGAUCCUGUCAAGUGAUGAAGCCAAGUACGCUAAGCAAGAGGCGAUGGAGGAGAAACGAGGGGACGAUGACUCGGAUUACCAGAACAGAUCAUCGGGAGAAAGUUUUUCAGAUUAGGCCUGCAUCGGUCUUCUGUCAAGCUGAUAUCUGCACAAUUCUCGACUCACUUUCCAUAUAAGCAUGUGGGAGGGGAGGGGGCAAAGACUGCUCCAAAAAUCAAUUCUAUGAAUAUGCUUAUGGUCGUGGAAAUGGAUGAAGUCAUGUUUACUGAAUUGAGAGGACAAUAGAAUGUGGUUCAUCUAG